GCGGCGGCGGCGAACGCGUCCCUGUGUGUGUUCUCGCGAGAAGGAGGAGGCGGAGAAGGAGGCGGAGGAGGCGGCGGCGAAGGCGAUGGGAGUCCGCGAGUUGUGGGGGGAAGGAAGGAAACGCCUCAGGUGAGGAGGGCGGGGCGGGCGGAAUUGAGCCGGGCGAGGGGGCGUCGAGACCCCCUCGAAAGGGACAGGUGACUCCGGGGACGGGGGGGGAAGGGCUGCGCGCGCCCCCCGCCCUCCCCCUCAGAGCAACGGUCCGGCGCGCCCCCUCCCCCCGCCCGGCUCUCGGCCUUCCUCCCCCCCCCCCUCCUUCCUGCCACUCGUGACGCCACUCCGGACCCCUCCCCCCUUUCCCUCAUUCCGGCCGGGGGGGGGCAGGAAGAGGAGCAGCGGCCACGACACCCAUCAUGAUGAUGAGGAUGCUCCGCGGGAUCCUCGCAGCAGCUGCACCGGGGGGAAGGGGGGUCUCUAGGUCACCGGGGGGGGGAGGGGGAGAGACCCUUCCGAGCGCGCCGCCGCCCCCGCUUUGCCCGCUGCUUUUCUUAUUCUUAGUAGGAGCAGUGAAUUAGCUCAGUGCUCAGGUGGCUUCGGAGCCCUUUACAAAACUGUUAUUUUUUAUAUAUAAAUGGGGUAUGUGUGUGUGUGGAUAUAUAUGUAACUUUUGUAUAUUUAAUAAAUCAUCACUAUAAUUGUAAUGAAUAUUAUGUAUUAUCCACUUGGGGCAAUCAUUAUUAUUUAUAAUAAAUGUUAUUUAUUAUUAUAAAUAAUUAUAGAUAUAAACACACACACACACACACAUAUAUACACAGUGGUACCUUGGGUUAAGUACUUAAUUCGUUCCGCAGGUCCGUUCUUAACCUGAAACUGUUCUUAACCUGAAGCACCACUUUAGCUAAUGGGGCCUGCCGCGCCGCCGGAGCACGAUUUCUGUUCUCAUCCUGAAGCAAAGUUCUUAACCCGAGGUACUAUUUCUGGGUUAGCAGAGUCUAAUCUGAAGCAUCUGUAACCUGAAGUACCACUGUAUAUACACACACACACACACACAAUCACAAUCACAUAACAUUAUUAAAAUACAGAGUAAUUAAAGAUGCACCACAAUUAAAACACACUGGGAACGUACACAGCAAAACAAUCCACUUUGGGAUUGCACAGCCGUUCGAACAGGAGAGUGGCCAAGAGGUCAAGUCGAGGCCUUUGUCAGACCUGGCAGGAAGGCAGUAAAGAUGGGGCUUCUCCUGUUCCAGCACAGCAAGGGUUUCUCGGCACCCCAGCCUGCCUCUGCUGUGCAAGCCAGUCAUCCUCAGGCCAGGACGCAACUCACAGGGGUCCGUUGGUGCCCUUACUGGGCAUUGCAUUGGAAGUCAGCCUUUUAGGUAACCUGCUCCAGAGUCGUUCAGUGCCUCCUGUGCAAGUAACAAGGCCUCAGAACGGACACAGUGGCUAAUAAUUUUGUUCUGUGAACCACCCUGAGACCUCUGGGUAUACAGUGGUAUAUAAAUUCAAUAAAUGUUAAUAAAAAGAAAGCCAUGCACAUCCCUUUAAGGGGCUCUGCUUGCCACCCAGUAGGUAAAGGUAAAGGACCCCUGGAUGGUUAAGUCUAGUCAAAGGCGACUGGGGUGCGGCACUCAUCUCUCUUUUCAGGCUGAGGGAGCUGGCGUUUGUCCACAGACAGAUUUCCAGGUCAUGUGGCCAGCAUGACUAAACCGCUUCUGGUGCAACAGGACACCAUGACAAGUGCCAGAGCACAUGGAAACGUCAUUUGCAUUCCCACCGCAGCGGUACCUAUUUACCUACUUGCACUGGUGUGCUUUCGAACUUCUAGGUUGGUAGGAGCUGGGACAGAGCAAUGGGAGCUCACCCUGUUGCCCGGAUUCUAACCGCCAACCUUCCAAUCGGCAAGCCCAAGAGGCUCAGUGGUUUAGACCACAGCACCACCCAGUACUGUGCCACCCAGUAGAAGUCCAUGUGCACCUUAGGUAGCCAUAGCCGUUCAUAUAUUAAAAGAGUGGGAGAUAAUGGCUUGUCUGAAGCCACCUAAAAGGUAAAGCCACCUGGUAAGUUGGUGGCAGAAAACAUAAACGUGCCCCUUCUCCCUACCACCUGCAUAAAGUCAUCUCAUCUGGACUGAGACUGCAGCAUAAGAGGAAGACCUUAAUUUGUUUCCCCACAUCCCCUUUUAGCAACACCCCCCCAAUCUCCAAAGUUGCAGUUUGUCCCUGAAGGUGCCCCAUGGCAUCUUUGGGGCAAAUAACAAUGGGGGGAGAGAGAAAAUGGGACAAAUUUUCCUGCAAUCCCGGACUGUGCAUGUCUUUGGUGAGGCCCUGAGGCUUUGGCAACAAGGAAAAUAAUUGUGCCUGCCUGGUCCAGCAUGUGUCUCUACAGCACCAGGCCAUUAAAAAAUACAAAACUUUUUUUUCAGUGGACGCUGGCAUUUGCUCCACCAUGCCAGGUGCUAGUUCAGUGCCUAAAGACAACUUCUACAAGCCACAUUCUGCUUAGAUUUUUGCUAUAUAUUACUUGUUUAUGCACUGUAUAAUGUUAUGGUAGUAAAAAAAGAAAAAGGAUUGAAUUCAAACCAUAUGAUGAAGCUAUUAUAAAUUGAGCUAAACUGGGUUCACAAGAGUAUAGAGUCAGUCAGCUUGGUGUCAGCUCUUUCAGCCUGUUGUGUACCUUAUGCCUUUAAAAACUGAGGUGCCUUUAUUGCUGGGAUGACUAGAUGUAAAGAGGAAUGGGGUUUCUGUAUCUUGAAAUACUUGUAGAAUAUAAAAUCUCAGCAACUAUGGUUGUUCUUACCCUGUACAGGCAAUGACCAAUUUAUGCACAUUUGAUGUGUGCGCAACUGUGCAUGCAUGCAGAAGUUGGUGGAAUGGGGGGGGCAUUAUGGGCUUAUGCAUGCUCUGCCAUCGUGCACGAUGACCUGGCACACAAACCCCACGUAAAUUGGGGGUUGUCUAUAUCAAAAUUCACCAUCAAUAUAUAGAACGCAAAAGGACAAGUAGGGUUUGUCAAUCAAUGUUGGUGCCUAUUUGUUGAAAAUACAUAAUUGCUCCUAUUUCACUUCGUUUUCUGGUGGCCAUCCUGAUAGAUGUAAUAUCUCAGUGGUAUAGGACUUACUUUUAAGUAUAGAAUUGCACUGUGCAACACACCAUGAAAAUAUUAGUAAGGUUAUAACUUACUGAGCCAGCUAUUGCUAGUGAAUAUGUAUGUAUGUAUGUAUGUAUGUAUGCAAUUCAAGUUAUAUUUAACUGCCUGUUGGGCCUGGUUGCACCCUUGGAAACUCUCUUAGUACAAGACCUCUGUCCCAGUAGACAUGGAGUAAUAAAAAGACUAAAAGUAAUAAAAAGACUAAAAGGAACUGGACAGAGUACGUUUUUCUCAUUGCCAGGUAACAACAGCCUCCCACACUCAUUUGAAAUGCAGGGGAUGGGGAGGAGAUUUCAAGGUGACAGAGUGCAGUUUCUAACCAGACCAGAGCCAUCUAACCUGUUUUGAAAAUUAAGCAUUCUUUGCAGACUUCUGUGUAAUGAGAAAACUCUUAAUUUUAAAAAUUGGCCUUACAAAAGAUGGUAAUUUACCUGACAUGUGCACAGCAGUUGCAAACUGCUCAUUUAUUCCUGGUACCUCUUCUCCUCUGCCAGGUAUUUUGCUAAAUAGCCGUUGCCCACAAUUUUCAGUCAGGUAUAUUGUCACCACUCAGUCUGGGGAUGGAACUGGCUAUUGCUUGUGUGCCAAGUGGAUCAAGCCUGAGUAACAUCAUUCAGGAAUCUUUCUUUGCUAAAAUGAAUGAAAGGAUAGCAGAUGAACAGAACACAACCUGUGGUCUUCCAUUGCAAAGGAAUAUGAGGACAAAUAACCAGCCUAAAAAUGAAGGUCCAAAGGUUCCUUGUGAAGAAUAAGUCCUGGAAAAGGGGGAUAGAGUUCAGAGGGAAGGAAUUACCCUAUUUAGUUAACUAACCCUAAUCCGCACGCUAAGGGGGGGGGGAUACUCACAAAUAGGAUCUUGGCCAGGGAGCCUUGGAAAAAAAAAUAGUAAGAUGGGAGAAUGAAGUGCUGCCCUCAAGUGCUCCCUUUCAAAACCUCUGCUGUGCAGUACCCUCAAAAACCGUGGUUCUUUUUGUGGAUUGGUUCUCUGAAAUGACAUUGAGAGUCAGCUUUGUUUAUAUACACAUGGGCUGAUGAGGCACUGCCUCAGUCAGAAAUCCAAAUGGCUUGGCAGUUCUUCCCUGCCAAGAUUCAAGUUUGAAUUGUCUCAAUAUUGUUCUCUGCACCUGCAUGGGAACAUCUUCCAUUUGUAUAGGCCCCAAAUUUCUGCAUGUUUAAGUAGUGAAAGUCUAGAUUGCUGGCAUUGCUCACCUGCUUCUUAACUCCCCGCCCCCUCGUAAGCAAAAACCUGUUUACACACAAACUCAUGUAAGUGUUCUGUUCUGGUUGCUAUGCAGUUGCUAAGGUUGAAGACCCAGGUUCCCCCACACUCUCUCUGCUGGCCACUGGCGAAUGUCAUUUGUGUUUCAGCCUGACCAUACAGACUAGGAAUUUCAUAGCAGGCGCAAUAGUCAAACUAGGAACUUUGUGAUUCUUAGCCACCACAUUAUACCAGUUGUUUAUUUACUUUUUCUAUACCAGUUGUUUAUUUUUCAUCAAAGUAUUAUAAUCAGAUUAGUUAGUGCACUGAAGCUCUGUUCAUACAUCUAAAAUUUAAGUGCUCUCUAGCGCCUUUUAUAGUUUAAUAAUUACAGUUGCGGGACGCGGGUGGCGCUGUGGGUAAAACCUUGCCGAUCAUAUGGUCGGCGGUUCGAAUCCCCGCGGCGGGGUGAGCUCCCAGCUCCUGCCCACCUAGCAGUUUGAAAGCACCCUGAAGUACAAGUAGAUAAAUAGGUACCGCUUUAUAGCGGGAAGGUAAACGGCGUUUCCGUGUGCUGCGCUGGUGCUGGCUCACCAGAGCAGCUUCGUCAUGCUGGCCACGUGACCUGGAAGUGUCUCUGGACAGCGCUUGCCCCCGGCCUCUUAAGCGAGAUGGGCGCGCAACCCCAGAGUCAGACACGACUGGCCCAUACGGGCAGGGGUACCUUUACCUUUAAUUACAGUUGCAUUAUGAAUAAAUGUGUUUAUAGAAGGCAUUAACAAUACAAAAAAGCUUAUUUGUUUUGUCCUCUAGAAGCCAACUCCAAAUCCCACCCCAAAUUUUGAUUUGGUUCAAGUUUCUGGCAGGGGAACACAUUUUUUUGGCUUGCAGUUAUACUAUUCAUGUUACUCAUAUUCAGUCAGGAAGUAAACACAACCAGCUGGGGAAUGGCAGUUCUAGACUGGUCAGAUAUUAUUUUGUUUGGCACUGAAUUAUUGCAAUUUUAUUACUCAUAGCCAAUGCAUUGGGAGGAAUAAAACCUGGUAAAAUCUCCAGUUGCAAGUGGAGGUUUUUCCAUCUUCUAAAGGUACAGUAUUUAGGUUACCUUAGAAACCCAGAUUUUUCAGAGUUACACUUUCUUUCUUACUGUAUUUGAAAUGGGGAGCUUUCCUCUCCUAGACAAAAAUGAGGGUUUGAGUUGUUGCUGCUAACAAAUCGUACCCUUUUAAGUAUCUUCCUCCUAAGCUGUUAGUUUCUCUAAGCAUAUUCUCUCUGAGUUUCUUUGAGUAAUAUGGACUCUGUCUCCUGAGUUUUCUAAAAACAGCUUUCAGCUAUUGCAAAAUAAAACAAGGGAUUCUCUGCAUCUGGUACAAAAAAAGUAUAUGAUCCGAGAGAUGUGUUCCUGUGUUAUCUGCAACACCAGAACCUUUCCUGUAGUGAGUCUCUCCCAUAGUGAGGAUCAUAUCCCUAGUCAAAUAAUCCUGACUAUUUGCUAAUGGCAAAGCUGUCUGGCUAGUAUGCCGUUUAUAUUCAUUUAAUUUUCUGCUAUUCACACCCUUCAUUGUUUUUAGCAAAAUGAUUAUUAAAAAAUGUAAACAGCAGUUGAUUUCGUAAAGUUAUCCUAUUGCUAUCUCCUUUUGUUUUUCUUUAGAAGUUGUUGGAUUCAUCAUUAGAAACAAAAAGUAAGCAAUGGAUGGUCAUAUCAGGAUCCGAAGCAGUCAUAGGAUGUCAAGGGUACCAGUGAGAAAGGUGAAGUCUUGUUCUUUUGGCUAUCCUGUUGUUGAAUAAAUCUAUCUUGUACUGUCUUGUAGCCAUGAUAAAGGUUUGACAUAAUAUUUCAUAUUAUGUUACAUUCUUGGCUUUUCAAAUAUCCAUUCAUCUGCAACUAGACCUAACAGUCAGGAGUACCUUUACCUUUACCUUUAGACUGAAUUGAGUGUAUGUACACAUCUAGUUACCUGGCGUAAAACCUGAAUCUUAAAAGGCUAGAAAAAUAUAUGGUGUGUUUUCAUUUCCUGUUUUCUUUUUCCAGAGCUUUGGUGAAUGUUCAAUGCCUCCCAUGAAGGCAUUGUUGCAAAGUGAAAAAGAAUUAUGCACAGUAUCAGCAGAAGAGUUGAAGGCAGAGAAAGACAAUUUCAAUGAGGUUUGGCUUUGUUUUUACACAUCAGGUUUUUAAAAAAUAAAUUUGAAAAAUGCUUUUCACUUACAUCCAUGCUAGCAAAUAUUGAUUUUAUGCUCACUAUAAAGACAUCAUAAAUGCGUGCUGCUUGAGUAUACUACUAGCAGUGGAGGCUUGUGGUAUGUUUUGUAUAAUUAACUAGCAACCUUGUAACUGAUGUUGCUUGGGAAUUCUAAGAAGCAAAAAAUCAGUGUAGUUUUGAAAGGUGUGGCCUGCUAUCUUGAUUCAAAAUGAUAUCUAUAUAGAAUUGUAGAGAUGUGCAACUAACCUCUGCUUAAAAAUCUCAAAUGAAGGAGAGUGUACCACCAUAUGAGAUAAUCCAUUCCACCGUCAGAUGGCUCUUACUGUCAGAAAGUUCUUCCUAAUACUUAUUCAGAAUCUUCCUUCUUAUAACUUGAAUCCAUUGGUUUGUAUCCUACUCUCUGGAGCAGGAGAAAAGAAGAUUGCUCCAUCGUCCAUGUAAUAACCCAUUGCUAUUUGAAGAUGCCUAUCAUAUCUCUACUCAGUCUCCUCUUUUCCAGGCUAAACAUACCCAACCCCCUCAACUACUCCUUAUAAUGCUUGGUUUCCAGACCCUUAAUCAUCUUGGUCAGCCUCCUCUGCACAUGUUCCAGCUUGUCAAUACCCUUCUUAAAUUGUGCCCAGAAAUGGACACAGGACUCCAGGUGUGGUCUGACCAAGGCAGAAUAGAGUGGUACCAUUAAUUCCCUUUAUCAGGACUACACUUCUGUUGAUGCAGCUUAGCAUAGCAUUUUGUAGAUCUUAUAUUCUUGGUGGACUACAUGGAGGAAUUUAGUAGACCUUACAUACUUGGCAAUGUUUGAGUUCCAACAGAUAUUCAACAGAUAUCAUUCUGAGUGUUUGGUAAUCUGCUGUAGUAAGGGAGCAUCCAAGUCUUCAGUCUAGCUUUGAGGAGUGUAGCAGACACCCAAAGUAAGGAAGGUCACUGUUGUUUCCCUCUCUUACAAUUUUUACCCAAAUAUUCCAUGCUCCAGGUCAUAGGUAUCUUCACAUGUGUACACAUCAUUCUUAUAUAAUGCUAUUCCUUCUCCUUCUCCCUUCCUGCUUGCUCUAUUCUUUUUGAGCAGGUUUCUACAUCCCAGUCGUGAGUCUCAUCCCACCAGGUUUCAGUAAUGCUUAUUAGGUAAUAUUUGCUAUCCUGUAGUAAAAACUUACUGUAGUAAGAAUUCAGGGGACACGGGUGGCACUGUGGGUUAAACCACAGAGCCUAGGGCUUGCAGAUCAGAAGGUCGGCAGUUCGAAUCCCCGUGACGGGGUGAGCUCCCGUUGCUCGGUCCCUGCUCCUGCCCACCUAGCAGUUUGAAAGCACGUCAAAGUGCAAGUAGAUCAAUAGGUACUGCUCUGGCGGGAAGGUAAAUGGCAUUUCCAUGGGCUGCUCUGGUUCACCAGAAGCGGCUUAGUCAUGCUGGCCACAUGACCCGGAAGCUGUACGCUGGCCCCCUCGGCCAAUAAAACAAGAUGAGCGCCGCAACCCCAAAGUUGGUCAUGACUGGACCUAAUGGUCAAGGGUCCCUUUACCUUUUAGUAAGAACUCAAAUUCGUCUUGCUUGUUUCCCAUGCUGUAUGCAUCAGUAUAGAGAAAACUGAAACCAUGAGUUAUUCCAUCCAGCAGCUUCCUUCUUGUCUUUUCUACCCAUUAGUAGGUUCCUGUCGCACCAUUCCUGUGAAGUCUCCAUUACCAGGUUUCCCCUGUUGUCUGUAAUAUUGUCUCCCUCCCUCUCAGGAUUUAGUUGAAAGCUCUCAAGAUCAGGUUCACAAGACUCUUAGAAAACACAUUGUUGCCAGUCACUGUCUUAAUAAUAAUAAUGUACUGUGAGGUGCAAUAGCAGAAACCAUGGUCCGAGAAGCCAUAUUUUUCCCAACAACAACACCAGCACAGCCAGUUUUUUCUUUCUAGUAUUUUCCUCUCUCCUCCUGGGUCACGACCUUCAACAGGAAGGAGUGAUGAAAAAACCGCCUGUACUCCUAGGCCCUUCACCUUCCUGCCCAGAGCCUCAUAGUCCCUUGCUGCAUGUUGAAGGCUGUGUCUGUCAGUAUCAUUUGUACCCACAUGAAUCAGAAGGAAAGGGUAAAAGUCAGCAGGCUUUAUAAGACUUGGCAACUUGUCUGUCAUAUCUUGACUCUUUUUACCUGGAAGACAGCACACCUCCCAGGAUAUCCUGUUUCCUCUACACACUGCUGCCUCUGUCCCCCUCAGUAAGGAGUCACUUUUCCACCACCACUUGUUUCUUCCUCCUCUGGGAAGUGGCAGGAAUAGUGCUGAACAUAGAUGAAAACCUGCUCCUUGAUAACCAGGUUAUGAUACCUUAAGAGGAAUCCAAAUGCAUUGUGAGCAGACAAAUAACCUUCCAUUAUAAUGUUGUGGGGAAAGUUUUGCAUAGUGAAUAUUCAAAAACUUAUUCUAAAAAUAAAACUAAAUAAUAAAUUGGAGUAAAGAACAAUUUUCAGAUUUUUAAAAAUACUUACUGAAGAAUUGAGUGUAAUCAAACAAUUGCUCAGUCUCCUGGUCUGGGUUUACCCUGCUGAAUUGCCUAGGUAAGGGUAAGAUUCCUGGCUGAAGCACAGCAGUAUCUCUUGGAGCUUCUUUGCCCACUGUUUUCCUUGUCAUUUUUUGCAGGUGACAUACAAGGGUGUGUGUCGGGGUUAUGCAUACCCCUUCAGAAUCUCAGAUGCACCACAUUUGGUUAUUAUGUGACCCAUGUACACCUCGCAGAAAGGUACUGGGCAGCCAACUUCUGUCCAGUGCCUCAUUGCAUAUUAAUAACAGAAAUAGUAUGCACUUUGGGUAUAUGGAUAAGUAAUAAAGUACAUCCACCCAUCUCCUGGUAAAAUGUGUCUUAUAUCUGUAUAGUUCUACAUGUAUAUAGUGUAGAAUUGAAAGCUUUGAUAUAAUUCUAUUUGCUUAUAUAACAUAUAUGUAUUUCUAUUACAGGUCACAUUUUUGUGCUUUGCUGAUGAGACAGCUGUUGCUCCUAAGGUAUGGUGUGUGCAUAAGAUAUCUUAGUUGACUGGCAGAGAAAACUGGGAAAGCAUCAUGAUAUAUGCCCCCUGGUUAUACUCCAGCACAUUAACCUCUGCAUCCAAACCUUGUUUGGAGGUGAUUGGGAGGCGCUGUGGUCUAAACCACAGAGCCUAGGGCUUGCCAGUCAGAAGGCCAGCGGUUUGAAUCCCUGCGAUGGGGUGAGCUCCCAUUGCUCGGUCCCUGCUCCUGCCAACCUAGCAGUUCGAAAGCACGUCAAAGUGAAAAUAGAUCAAUAGGUACCGCUCCGGUGGGAAGGUAAACGGCGUUUCCGUUCGCUGCUCUGGUUCGCCAGAAGUGGCUUAGUCAUGCUGGCCACAUGACCUGGAAGCUGUACGCCAGCUCCUUUGGCCAGUAAAGCAAGAUGAGCGCCACAACCCCAGAGUCGUCCGCGACAGGACCUAACGGUCAGGGGUCCCUUACCUUUAAGGCCCUUUAAAGGAGGCUAAGCCUAGUAGAGGUAACAAGCAGGCAUCAUGCAGCACCAUUGAUGUCACCCAAACAGCAAACACGACCCACAAGGCAUGCUCGACAUGCACACCCUACAUAUAGCCAAUCUCAGGCGCACACUGUAAACAAACAUGUCAGCAUCCCCCCGGUGAGACACAAUUGAAGCCCCCACAAGCACCCUAAGCGCUCCCAGAUGCCACCCACUCUUCAUGAAUAUGAAUGAAACAUGACCACACACAAAAAGACGCUGAAGGAAGGUUUGUUGCAAGCAUGGAAGGCGAUACAAAGCUCAAACGGUACAUCCUGCGAACAGUCCCAUUGGGCGCAGCAGUGGAGGAGACAGCUAGCAUGGACAGCUGGCAGUCUGCUCUUUCACCACCACCUCUCACACUUCCUGGCACUGUCUCUGGAGGCAGGGAAGCCCCCAUGAAUGGCAGCAGGUGGGGGCUGGCGGAGAGCAGACUUGGGUUGGUGGAGUAGCGCACCGUUUGUCCCAAUCAAUCACUCUCCUCUGCUGCUGUGUAAAAGACAAAAUAGUAGUAGUAAGUCGUGUUACUGUUAGGUAACACUUUUUAAUGCUAUAUGAUCCUUAAUUUGGGGAAACACAGCAGAUGGGUGGGGUAUAAAUAAUAAAAUAUUAUUAUAAUCUCCUUCAGUCUUUAGUAUUCCCAUGAUAGAAAUACAGCAGUUCUCUUUUUCUAGAGGGAACCUUAAUUUGAAAUGGUGACUGUACAAAAUUCCUAGGGAUGAAAAGGGCAUUUAGCUUAGUCUACUUCUGUGCUAUAGGAGCACUCAGACAUGCCUCAGCAUGCCAGAAGUGUAAGUAAGUGUAAAAGUAUAAACAGCCUUUGCCUUUAAAGCCCUGAAAGGUCUGGCAUCAGAGCAUCUCAUGAACUGGUUUGGAAAUUUCACUUGGCUUCUGAGGCUCCUCUUGCAGUCCCUCUUACAGGCAGUGUUUGGGUUGGCGUGAACAAGAGCCUUUUCAGUUGUGGCACCCAGAUUAAGAUGUGUUUCCCAUUUUUAAGAAGGUACUUUAGUUGGUUUUGUUUCAGUUGGCAUUGUUUAGUUAUGACCUUUAAGGAGUCAUUGUUUUAUUGUUUCUGUCUGCUUUGUAUUGAUUCAGUUGUCUGUGCUUUUCUAUUUUAAAUUCCUUUCAUUGUUGUUUUAUUGUUAGCUGCCUUGUGAGUGCAUUAUGGAAAAGGGCAGUGUAUACAUUUUAUAAUAAAAUAAUUGGAAUUGCUUGUAAAUAAAACAGGAUUCCAGCACUGUGGAACUAUGUCCGGGUGAAAGAACGCUAGGCUGAGUUUGCCACAAGUCCUCUGACAUUAAAGGAAAGUUUUCCUAGCAUGAGUGUAUUAUUCUCUGUGUUUGGUUUAGGAAUUGGCAGCCAUGUCUGUUGAGCUCCCAGAUCUUCUGAAAUCCCUCCAUUUGUGCACUUUACAUGAAAAUGAUGUCAUUUUUCUAAAGGAUAUUCAUAAACCAUUGGAGACCAGUGUUCUUAAGCAGAAGGUAAGAGAGAUUUAAAAUACAUAAAUGUAUGAUUGGUGGUAUACUUCAUUUAAUUUGCCUUUCAAAUUAAUUGUAUUCACGUGAUACAACAUUCUGAAUAUAAAAUAUGAAAUCUGUGUGUGCAUUACUCAGUUCUACAAAUUGUCAAAGGCUGGGAGUGUUGCUAAAAAAGUUAAAAAGUUAAAAGUCAAUAUUUUGAUGAUGGAAACUUGUCAAUAGUUUUUUUCCUCAUUAUACUCAGGGAAUAUGCUUUUCAUUUUUUGAAAUUAUUAGCAGAAACUUCACUUUAUUUUCUUAACUGAUGUCACUGCAGUUUAGAAAAGAAGGAAUAAUCUUUGAAUGGGUAAAAUUACAUUUUCUCUCUCUUUCUCUUUCUCAAGAAUUACCCCUCACGGAUUCUGUGUGUGAUGAAAUUGUCUCCAUCAUUUGCGAGACACGAAGUGGAUUCUUUAUUUACUUUACUAAGUAAAUAUUCUGCUGGUAUAAGAUGCACUGUGGAAAUACGCUCAUUGCAGAAGCACCUGUCCAUCAUACCCCAUGCUGAGGAUGAUGAUACUAAUCAAUCAGUGUCAUCAAUUGAGGAUGAUUUCGUUACUGCGUUAGAACAUUUAGAUGAAGAUGAGCCCACAAAAAUGAUAAACUCUGGUUAGUGUUCCUGCAAUAUUCUGAUAGCAUAAAUAAGUUGGGAUUUAAAGGGAUUGAAUACCAUGAUUAGCUUUUUAAAAGUGAAAUACUUGUAUAUACUGUAGUCUAUUGAUUUCUGUAUCUUUUAUAUAUAUAUAUAUAUUUAAAAAAACCUAUCAAGCAAUACUAGCCCCUGUGAUGAACUCUGAUUUUUUGGAAUGACCCAUCUAAUAAACAAUAAUAGACUGUGCUUGCUCAGAUUUUGUAAAUCUUGUGUAAUCUCUGGCCUUUUUCUUGAAGCAACAGUUUGUGAUUGCAUAAAUAUGAGAUGUUCUUAAAGUAGAAUCCAAGCUGUCAAUCUAAAUUAUCAGUCUUACCCUUUUCUACUAAAGGAGAUGUAUAAGUUGUUGAUACUUUAAGAUUUUAGUAGCUUCUUAAGUAAAGAUGGGCAGGUUCUUUCCAUCUCACCACAGAGGUGAUCGAAGCUCUUUUUCAACAAAAAUGGAAGAACUUUACAUUUUCUGAGACACACAGAGGACUGUCCCCAAAACAGCCUCCUCUUCAGUGCUCCUCUCCUCCAAAUAUCAUUUUGCCUUUCUCUUAUCUGGCCAGCAGAAGGGAGGAGAGAAGUCUGUGUCGUCUCUCUUGCCCAGUUGUUCUGAUACAUCCUGCUGAGCCAAACCAUGGCUUGACAUGAACAUAUAGACUAUAGGAGAGGAGUCUGUAGCCACUUUCCUCCAUCGUGGUCUUUCUGCUGCGCCAUGCUGAAUGAAGCCAUAGUUUGGCUAGGUAUGACAUCUGAACCUGGGCUCCUGGUUUAUCUCUUUCCAGACUAACCACGAGCUGUAAACAAAGGUUUUCCUAUGGUUUGUGGCUCAUUGUUUGUCUGGGAGAGCUAAACCACAAGCCCAGGUCUGGAUGACACGCUAUGCCAAAUCAUGGCUUAGCUCAGCAUAAUGAAGCAGCAAAACAACCGGGGAGAAGCAAUGUAGCUAUGAGCUCCUCUCCCAAUGCCCAGCACUCAUUCAUGUUAAACCAUGGUUUGGCUUAGCAUGACAUGUGAACUGGACCACUGUGUAAACUGUGCACCAGGUAGACAGAGGAAAUGGGAGCAGGGCAGACCUCCCUGUGCAACACAGGUGUCUCUGGUACUGGCGCCAUUGGCCAGGUAAAUAAAGGGAAGCGGGAGUCGGGGGAUCGGGUCAUUUUGGACAUGGGAAAUGCUGGUCAAGAAUAAAACAGGAAUUCUUAUGUGGCCAAGAUUUAUGCUCGCUUCAUACUCAAGGUGGGCUUUUCCAAGCCUUCAGAGUUCUUCGAGCCCAACUUGGGAGAAUUUCACUGACAAUUCUACUUCUUAUCCUGUUCAUAUUUACUUGGGAAUAAACCCUGUUGAAUGAAAUAAAUCUUACUUUUGAGUAAACAUGAAUAGGAUUGGGCUGCCCAAUCUUUGAUCAGACCAAAAUUCAAGUACAUUUUAUGCUAUUAACCUAUUUCUGCUACAGCUGCAAUCUUUUGCUUUCAGACGUACUGUAUGUUAACUAUUCCUUUCCCUCCCUGUUGGCACAGGCCAAGUUACACCUGAGAAACUUCAAGAUGCUGCUUUGCAGACCAUCUCUGUUCAACGUUUGGAAUCUCUUGAUCCAAAGUUUCAUUUUCUACAUCGGAAGCCAUCUGUCAAGUCAUCAACUUCUCUAGUUAACAUCUUGGAAUUAAAAGAAUUGUCGUCUUCUGUAAGAAAUUCUGUCACAACUUCUGUUUCGGAUCCUUGGCUGCAGAGGAGUUUCUUCAGGCCACAGAAUUCUUCUGAUCAGAAUGUUAACGUUUUAUGUAAAACACUGUUUUCUUCCUCUCCUGCUGAAUCCUCAGAGUCAGAUUGUUCUAGCCCAAGCCCUAUUAUUUUCUUAGAUGAAGAAGGGUAUCAGAGAAGCCUAAAGGCAAAACUUCAGCUACCAAAAAUCCCAGUAAUGAAAGAUGGCAUAGAGGAUUCAGACUCUGAAGUAAGUGAAUUUUUCGAUAGCUUUGACCAAUUUGAUGAACAAGAACAAACAUUGGAGAGUGGUUGUAAACAUGCUAGGGGUCCUGUCCUUCAACAUCCAUCUCAUAUGAAAAUGAUUUCGCAUAAAAAGCCACGCUCUGCAACCGCUGCAAUGAAUCCUCAAAGGUUCAAGGUUGAUCAUCCCACUCUUCCAGCCAAUGUGAGGAAGCCAACUCCUCGCAAACCAGAAUCUCCAUAUAGCAACCUCUUGGAUGUUCCUGAUUCCCCUCGGCCAUUGAAAACAUCAGGGGAUGACAGUGGAGGCUUGUUCAGCCCUAUCAGAUCUUCAGCUUUCAGUCCAUUAGGCAGUUGUCUUUCAACAGAGUGUCCUUGUCAGUUGGGUGUCAGUAGAGAUGCCAUUAACCAAAAGCACAAUCUGGUUUGUCACCCAUACUCAGAUUUUGCAAAUAAUAUUUCCUUUGAAAUCUUAGGUUCGGUCUUUAAUUCCAGAUCUCCAUCAUCAUGUAGAUGCACACAGGAAUUUUCUAACAGUAAUAGGAUUGUCUCAAAAGAAGAAACAGCCCAGUCAGCAAAAACCCAAGGGGAAACUUCUGGAAAAGAAUUAGAUAACAGACAAAAAUCUAAAUGCAAAUCACUAAUGAUUAAAGACCACAUCCAGAAAUUUGCAUCAGAGCUCGUUGAGAAGAGUUUUGGCAGUGCUUUUAAAGAUCUUCAGAAAGGUGUUUCUUCGUGUACUAAUGCACUCUGUCACUUGGCUGCAAAACUGACUUCUUCAAUCUUUCAAAUGGCUUUUUAUGAGAUUGGGAGGCAGCAAGCUUUUUCACUGAAGAAGAAAGCUAUUAAUGGACUAGCAGGCUUUUUGGUGAGUGAAGCGUUAACAGGUGCUUUAAAAGAGCUACAUUCUGUAAAGCAACAAAUAUUUACCAACACAGUUGCAAAAUUUGCAGCAAACCUGGCUGAGGAACUAAUUUUUGAGGGGAUCAUGGAAGUGUGCCAGUUUUCACACCCAUCAACUCCUACAACUUUUCAGAACUGGUCCUUCCAUUGUGAUGAUAAAGUUAUACAGUCAUAUUCCAAAGACUUGUCUGAGUCGGUUAUUCAGGAAGCUUUUAUUGAGUUAUCACAGGUUGAGGUGGAAUUUACAACACAAGCAGCUAUUAGUAUUUCCACGGACAAUAUAAAGUACAUAGGUGCAGAAAGUAGUUUGGAGUCAACACAGGCCUCCAAUGCUUCCUCUGAGUUUCAUGAUCAAGAACCAGUAGCCUUGAAUUCAAUACAGGAAUUCAGGGAGGAAUAUACUGUCCAUAAAGCUUUGUUCUGUACUUCUGGCAUUGCAAGUUCAAUCCCGGUGCCCUUAGCUGGAAGCAUACUUUGUCAAAAUCAGAUUUUAUUUAAUGACAUACAGGUAAGGAAACAUUCAGCGUCAACAGGCAGUCUGAAAUUUUAUAAAAAAUCAGCAGAGCGGUGUUGUGCAACACAAAAAAGACAAGAUGAAGUGACAUCAGUUAGAAAUGUUUACUUGAUGACAGAUAGCAGUCAGAACAGUGAAUAUAAUGCACAUAUUGUAUGUACACAAAGUGACUUUAAGCAAGCAAAUAGCCAUGAAGUCAGUAAAUUUUCAGACUUAACAACUAGGAUGCCAAGUGUCAGUAAUUUUUCUGGAACAAUGGUAGAUAUGAUUGUAACGGAGGCAUAUGAAGCAGUAACCUCUUCCAAGACAUCCAAAAAUGCAGAGCAAUACACAGAAAUACUAAAACUGGAUAAAACGUCAUAUUUGCCAUGCAUUGGUGAAGAUGCCUGUGAGAAUAUGUUUGCAAAUUAUUUAGCCAAGCGAAUAGUGAAACAGUCUGUAGAUGAGACUAAAUCUGCAUGUUCUGUUACCGGUGAGAAAUUAGCAUACUGUGUGGGAUUGGGAACCAGUAAAAAAAGCAAUAGGAAAGAAUUGCAUAGUGCAAUAAAAGCAUCAGAAACAAACAAAAGUAUUCCAGUAAUUGUAGGGCAGCAGCAGAUGCCCUUGAACAGCUCAUCUAAAUUUCAUGUAUCGCCAGUUUGCACUAAUAGGUGUCUGCUUUCAGGAUCUAAAGAUGGCAUUCAGGUGAAAAAGAGACAUAUGGGUUGCAGGACUUCCACAUCCACGUCAUCUCCUUGUUCUGCAAUGACUUUUGUGAAGCCUGCUGAAGAGUUUCCAGAUGCAGAAAGCUGUUCAGCAAAAUCCUUAAGCAACCCCCUGGGAAAACACAGCACAUACAAAUCAGCAGGGCACCCUGCGCUUUGCUCUACAUUUGGUCCUGAAAGAACUUUUCCUAGCAUUAAUGCCUUCACUUCUGUGGCAACUAACGGUGAAGAUACAUUUCAGAUGGAAGACAAAUUGAGUAUCAGAGAUGAAACUCCUUGUGUCCUACCAGACACACCUCCACCGACACCUUUAAUAGCAACCCAAACGAGUUCAGAGUGGAAUUUAAGAAAGCUAUCAAAGAAACUGAAAGGUGAACUAGCAAAGGAGUUUGCACCCGCGACGCCCCCUUCUACCCCUUACCGAUCAGAAACCGGUGGAGUAUAUGAAAAUGAACGUCAUGACUUAGAAAAGGAAGAGUUCAUGUUGAAACUGAUGCGGUCUCUCUCUGAGGAAGUUGAAAGCAGCGAAGAUGAAGAGCAUUGGCCUAUAACAUUGAACGAGAGAAUGAAAGCAUCAGGAAGGACAACAGAAUAUGCCGAUCAUCUAGCCACUCACAUAAUUGCUGUGGCAACCGAAAUGGCUGCUUCACAUUUAGAUUAUAAAGCGGUUCAAAUGGAGAAUAAUAAAUGCUUUCAAAUAAGUGCGGAAAAUAAAAGAUGUGGGCAUAGUGGAUUUGUGAAUGUUUCAGAAGCCAGCCUACAUUCGUUGUUGGUUUAUGCUGGUAAUAUGGCUGGAAAGGUCAUUAGUGAAGCUAAGAAAAUAGUUGAAUCCAAACAUUGCACGCUUCUAAGGCUGAAGCAAGUGAACUGCGGGACAGAUGGCGUUCGUCCUAAAAGAAACACUCAUAAAUGCUGGUCCAAAGACAUGAGGUGUCCCUGGGCAGACCAGGGGUCUCGAGAGACAGACUCUUCUAUACUCUCUCUACCCCAGCACCCAGAAGCUCCAGGUCUGACCUCUAAAUAUCCAAGUUGUGAGAGUGUAACUGAUGAAUAUGCAGAUCACAUAAUUCGUAUUCUGAAAAGAGAAGGUGGCCACAGUGAACUGAUAAUGGAUCAGUUUGCCAGUAGACUUGCUUACAGAUCUAUAAAAUCUGGAAUGCAGGAAGCUGCUGGGAAACUCAGGAUGAAGUAUAAAAGUAAAAUAGCUCCCUCCGAGGGCUCAAAGGUAAACAGUAAGGCUGAUCCGAGUGUGGAUGGAAAGAAACAGAAAAAAGGUAACAUUUGUCAUUUGGGGCAGCAAGCCUGUGGAAACAAAUGUAGCACACACAGAACUGAAUGUACAAAGUUGCUAGAUUUUUCAGAAUCCCUUGCUUGUAGCAUAACAUCUGAUGUCAGAAGAAAAAUAAUGAGAGGAGCUUGUCUGUCAAAAUCUUUAACUGAUUCCUGUUUGUAUAAAAAAUCUAAGAACGAUCAAGUCACUGAUCUUAAAGCAACAUUUUCUAAAGCACUUUCUCCUUUCUGUUGCAAACAAAAGCUUUAUCAUAGUACAGGCAGUUUAAAUGAACCUACCUACAGAAAUGGCAUUAUUCAUGCCAUUGAACAGUAUGCCAGGAAGGUAGUAGAUGACACUUUAGAAGCUAGCUUGGAAUCUGCUACGCUGCAAACUACUGAAAACUGGACAAAUGGAGAUAGAACAACAUAUGCAGAAAAGUUGUCUCCAUUUUCUGCAACAGCCUGCAGAUACUGUAGUAUGAAGGAGCAUCAAUACUGUGCUGGAAGUUCAUCUUUGCAGCUGACUCGGCAAGAACUCCACUCUCAAGUUCAUCAGGUUCCCAGAAUAAGUGGAAUCUGUCCUAAAUCUCACAUUCUUCACCUGGAUAUUCCAAAAAUUCAUAUUAAUAUGGAUGAGAAGGUAGUAUUUGCUGAAAAUGUGGUUGCUACAGUUUUUGACAAAGCAGAAAGGCAGCUUAGCAACACAAGUUUGACAGCGGAUAGUGGAAUUGGCCAGGAUGGAAUCAGCUUUGCUGAAAGCCUUACUACAGAAAUAAUGACUUCCUGUAUGACAAACAUUAGUCCACCUGCCAACAUAAGGUAAAGUUCAAUUAUUUUAUAUUGCUUUUAAUAUAUGUAAGGUGCUGAAAACUAUAUGCAUUUUUCAGUAUUAGUACAAUUUUAAUUUAUGCAAGAAAGUCAUAAGAAUGUAUCUUUUCGUUUUGUGAUAAAGCCUAAAAACAAGGGCAUUUAAUAGUAUUGCCAUGGGAAGUAAUUGUUUACUGUGUUCACGAAGGGUGCUAGGAUUUAAGUAAAUUUAAAAUGCAGAGUAUAAGCUUAAGAGUAUUUGUCGUCUUUCAGGUUUGGCCAACUUUUUGUUUCUCGUUUUUGCUCCAACAUAAAUGUAGAAGCCAUUGUGAAGCAUAAAUGGUAGAAGAUAAAACAUCACUGAUUUCUGCUAAGUCAGAUGCAGGUUUGGAUAACCUUUUAGGUGGCGGCGGAGAGAUACAUGAAGCAUCAAAUUAAAGCACAGAACAUGUAGUUACAUAGAAAAUAGUAUUGCUGAGCUACUCAUAAAUCCUAACAAAUUUGAUCAAAGAAAAUCCUGAGGUAAACAGAAGCUGAUUUUGAAACUUCUGUAAGUGUUGGCUGUGAAGGUGGAAAUGAUCCUUCCCUGGUUAUGUGAAUACUGUUGAAGCUGUUUCCCUUAUCUUGCUUCCAAAUUUAUCAUUAAAAUAGAAAGCACAGUUUGUUAUAUGUUGUUGGUUUGUCCAUUAAUAAUACAGCUUAGGAACUUCAGUAGAAUCCACUUUUGUCCCUUAGUUGUUGUAUGUUUCCUGCGGUUCCCAUGGUAGAAGAAAUAUUUUCUUAGAAGAAAAGUCAUUGUGUCCAGUGCUCUGCAUGUGCAUGUGUUGCUUUAUAGCUGCAAUCUACUGAUUAAAGAAAAAGCAUCUCAUUUUACACCAGGCAAAAACAUUCCUCUUCUCCCAGGCCUUUGGCUAAUUAAACAAUGGAGGGCGGGUAUUAUUUUUGUUUGUUACUAUGUUAUGAGAGCUAGAGAGAAAAGAGUGUGCAAACUGCCCUGUGAUCCUUGGAUAAAGGACAAUAUAAAAAUUUAAUUACCGUAUUUACUCGAGUCUAAUGUGCCAUCGAAUCUAAUGUGCACCUAGAUUUUCACAACGUAAUUUGGCCAAAAAAGUGAGGAUUAGAUUCAAGUAAAUACGGCAAUUAAUUAAUUAAUUAGUAAUUUCUGUCUGACCAGACAGUAGUCAAAAGGAAGUGAGGUUGAUCACUGGCAAGGUCAGUAGCACCGCAGAAACUAUGUUAAAUGCCUAAUGAAGAUAGACGUAUUUAAAGAAAUAACAGUAUGAAAGAUGACAUUAAAAUGUGACUGAACUUGCUAGUAAAUUAGCUGGAAUCCCUAUUCUAGGCAUAGUUCCUUAUUAUACAGUUUAGUACCUCAUUAUUAUUUUUUAAAUGACCCACUGUGAUAUGAAACCAGUCUCAUUCUUUUUGAAAAAUAUACAGUCUCGAUAAAUUUAGGUGAUUCACUUGGUAGAAAUGAUUCUGGAGGUUUAGCAAAAUGUUUUAUUUUCUUUUUCAAAUGAAGGCAUCUUUGAUCUUGUUGAAAUAGUUUGUGUGUGUGUUUCUGUAUGUAUUCUUUAUCUGAUUUGUGCACCACUGUAUUACCACAUGUGAUCCCAGGGUGGUUUAUAAACAUAGCUACUUAUACAUUAAAACUAUAAAAACUAUAAAAACACAGUAUAAGAAAUUUAAACCAGAUUAAAAUAAAAUAAAAUAGGCAUACCACAGGCAGGAAUUUCUCAGUUGCAGGUGGUCAAAACCCAAUCAGCCACCCCCAAAAAACUUAGGUAAAAAUAUACGAAUUUAGCUGGUGCCAAAUACCAUAACAAGGUACAUCUGAGGCCGUGGUGGGGAACAGGAUCCCAACCUCCUUCUGUCCCUGUAGAUAGGUGAGUAGGGUUGCCUACCUGUCUCAUUUUCAUGACAUCAUUUUUACUGUAUUUUUUGUUUCUAUGGAAGCCGCCCAGAGUGGCUGGGGAAACCCAGCCAGAUGGGCGGGGUACAAAUAAUAAAUUAUUAUUAUUAUUAUUAUUAUUAUUAUCAUUUUUAAAAAUCAUUUUUAUUAAGAAUUUUCAACAUAAAAGACAAUAAAAGCCAAACUAAUCUAAAGAAGAUAAAUAGGAAAGAAACAAGAAUACAGUCAUACCUUGGGUUGAAGUAUUCUUCAGGAUGAAUAUUUUCGGGUUGCGCUCCGCGAAGACCCGGAAGUAAUGGAGCACGUUACUUCCGGGUUUCGCCACUUGCGCAGAUGUGGCGAAACGCAGCACACGCAGUCGCGUGUUACAUUCGCUUCAGGAUGUGAACGGGGCUCCGGAACGGAUCCCGUUCGCAUCCAGAGGUACCAUUGUAUGCAAAAGAAGAGAAUAAAGGAAGAGAAGAGAAAGAAGAGAGAAUAAAUAUCGGACCCUCUAUCCCAAUUAUAUCUUAAUCCUUAUUCCACACACAGAAAAGUCAAUCCUCCCCACUCUCGCCUGGGAGCUUCCCCUUCUUCCCCCAGGCUCCCACCCUCAGAGAUCCUUUCACCUUCCUUCCGUCACCUUAGUGUGUAUCUUCAUUAAUCCACGAUAGGUAAAGGUAAAGGUACCCCUGCCCAUUUGGGCCAGUCUUGCCAGACUCUAGGGUUGUGCGCUCAUCUCACUCUAUAGGCCGGGAGCCAGCGCUGUCCGCAGACACUUCCGGGUCACGUGGCCAGCGUGACAAGCUGCAUCUGGCGAGCCAGCGCAGCACACGGAACGCCGUUUACCUUCCCGCUGGUAAGCGGUCCCUAUUUAUCUACUUGCACCCGGAGGUACUUUCGAACUGCUAGGUUGGCAGGCGCUGGGACCGAACGAUGGGAGCGCACCCCACCGCGGGGAUUCGAACCGCCGACCAUGCGAUCAGCAAGCCCUAGGCGCUGAGGUUUUACCCACAGCGCCACCCGCGUCCCAUAUCCACGAUAGGAAACUUCAAUAAACAAAGCAUAAAUAUAGAUAAAAUUUAUGGAGAGAAAACAAAAAUUAAAGAUCAUAGAAAAGGAAGAUAAAAAGAGAAAUAAAGAAGAAGAAGAAAAAGCAUCUUUUGAUUUUCUGUCUGACAAUUAUGUAAAUGACAAUUGUUCAAGGUAUUCAGAGUAUGCUUUCCAAGUAAUCUCCAGCCGUUUUAGGGUCCAGCUUUCUCUCAGUCUGCUAGGUGUUGUUUUCUCAGUCUUCACUCCCAGGCACCUCAGGUCCACCUUUUUUCACUCAAAAAGUCCAAAAGUAACUCUUCAAUUAUAAUUGUCAUUAAGUGUCCAGAAUAGCCCUUCUCUAGUCCAGUAUGAUGGAUUUCUCCCCAUGGGUUCUGACACAUUUUUAUAGUGUAGUAGUCCAUGCUUAUUUGCUUGUUAUGUCUUCAUUCAUUCGUACUCAGUUCUCUAUAUUCCAGUCCCAUUUCCUGCUGUCCAAGCUUCAUCCUGGUUUAAAGAAAAAAGAAAAAGCCUCCACACACACACACACUUCAGUUCUGGCAAAAGAAAUGCAAGUAGGCCAUAAGAGAUGCUUAAAAACAGUUUGAGGAGCAUGUUGCUGAAACAUAAAGGUCAACAGCAAAAGGUUAUUUAAAUACAUUACUAGCAGAAGACCAGCUGGUUAGGCGAUUGGAUCUUAGGAUGACAGGAGUACCUUGGGUGUGCUAACAGAGGAUAAGGAGUUUGCAGAGAAGACAAAUGAAUUGUUUGCAUCUGUCUUCACAGUGGAAGAUAUGAUGUAGAUCCCUGUGCCUGAAUUGACUUCCAUAGAUGGAGAGUCUGAAGAACUGAUGCAAACAGUGGUGACAAAAAAGUUACGGACUUCAUAGACAAAAUAAAAAUGACAAAUUGAUGACUCCAGAUAGCAUCCACCCAAGAGUUCUUGAAUAACUCAAAUGGGAAAUUGCUGAUCGUCUAAGAAAAAUACGUAACUUCUUCCUAAAACCAGUACCUGAAGACUGGGAAGUAACACAUUAUUUUAUUUUUAAAGGGGGGAUUCAGGGGAUAUCCUGGAAAGUACAGGCCAGUUAGCUUAACAUCUGUUCCAGGAAAAGUAGUGGAAAGCAUCGCCAAAGAUAAAAAUACCAAGCAUAUAGAAGAAACAUGCUAUGAGAGGUCUUUUGAGAGUGUCAACAAAGCUUACAGAUAGAGAUGAUUUUACUGACGUUAUGUACCUUUUGACAAAGUAUGCCAUAUAAGCAGUCACAGAGUAAGAGGAGAGGUCUUCUUGUGGAUCAGGAACUCAUUAGUUAUUGUUAUUAUUUUAUUUAUUUAUUUUUGGGUUUAUAUACUGCUUUUCUGCCAAGGCACCCAAGACGGUUUGCAAUUUAAACACUUAAGCAAUAAGAAUAUAUAAUCCAAAGACAGACUGUCUUCUCAUGCCAACAGUUAAUUGAUGGUAUGGGUGGUUCCUGAGCUGGGCACCAUUGUGUCAGGACAUGGAGGUCUUCAGCAUCCUCCAGGGAAGGUGGGAGCGGGCAGGCAUAGAGAGAGCUGCCACUACAGUUCUCUUGGUUCAUAGGAGCUGAUGUCAUUUGCGCUCCCUGAUCUGGACUCAUCAUCAGACCAAAGGCCCAUCUAGUCCAGCAUCUUGUUCCCACAGUGAGCUCCUAGAUGCCUCUGGGAAGCCCACAGCACUCUUGCACUCACAUUCCUCAACAUGAUACCUUUGUUCCUGUCAUUCUGUGAUGGCCUGGGACUUGGGCUCGGACUCGGAACCAGAGGAAACUCAGUCUGCACCAGAUCCUUUGCCUCAGGCAUCACCUGAACCAAGUCUGGGGCCUGAUCCUGAAGAGUCCCAGUCUGCACAGAUUCCCCUGCAACAAACACCAGCUGGGCCGAGUCAGGGGCCUGAGCUUGCCCUGGCUCCAGAUGCAGGGAUUACCUCGUUGCGUUCAGCUGGGCCAUCACUUACAGCUGCUCCACUACCGGUUUGGUCAGGGGAGGCUGAGGUGGCCCCUGGGUCUAGUAACCUACUAAUGUCUCCCUAGCUGCAGAGACUGAGGUCUGAGAGAAGGAGAGACCUGAGUACUCGCAGGAGGAAUGCUCGCCUUCGUGCGAAAAAGGGAGGUGAGUCAGGACCAGCCGCUACCCCGACAAAGAUAAAAGGCUGUCGGGCCCUGCCUCAGGUUGCGGGAGCAACAUUGCUGUAUGCAAGAUCCUGUACCUGUCCUUGCCUGGUUUCCUGCCUUGACCCUGUCGGACUGACUCCUAGCGGAACCUUCGGAUUCUGGACCAGUCCUGGACCAUGUUGCACGGGUUACCCCCGGGCCCAGCACACAUUCCUCCUGCAGAUUCACUGCUCUGUAUCAAGAUACAGAAGGGGAGCAGUGAGUUAAGAAACAGGAAGCAGGGAGUAGGAAUGAAUGGACAGUUCUCAGUAUGGAGGGAAGUAGAAAGUGGAGUUCUAAAAUCAAUGAAUCAAUGAGAAGGGAGUCCAAGAUGGAUGGGAGUUUCUUAAAGGUGAAAUAAAGACUCCAGUGCAGACAAUUUCAAAAAGAAAGAAAAGUGGAAGGCAUCUACAGAAGCCAGUAUGACUGCAUAAGGAUCUUACAGAUAAGCUGAGCUUUAAGAAGGGUAUGUAUAGGAAAUGGAAGAGAUGAGAAAUCAUGAAGGAGGAGAAUGCAUGAAUAGCCAACAGUUGCAAAGGUGAAUAUCAGGCAGGCUAAAGCUCAGAAUGAGCUCAGUCUUGCAAGAGAGGUUAAAAAUGAUUUAAAAGGUUUGUUUGGCUAUGUUCAAAUCAAGAGGAACAAGCAUGUGGUAGGUCCUCUGUGUAGAAGAUGGAGAAAUGCUACUAGGUGACAGAGGGAAGGCAGAACUGCUCAACACCUACUUUGCCUCUUGUCUUCACUCAGUAGGAAAGCAGUGCCCAGUGCAAGGAGGGACCUGCAGCCCAAGAUAGGAAUAGAGGGGGGUAAGAGAACACCUAGCUUCUUUAAACAAAUUCAAAUCUUCAGGGCCUGAUGAGCUGCACCCAAAAGUACUAAAGGAGCUUGCAGAUGUAAUCUCAGAGCCUCUGUCUAUAAUAUUUGAGAAUUCUUGGAGAACAGGUGAGCUCCUUGCAGACUGGAGGUAGGCAAAUGUUGUCCUCAUCUACAAAAAGGAGAAAAAAGAAGACCCAGGUAACUCCCGACUGGUGAGCUUGACAUCGGUACCAGAAAAGAUAAUAGAACAGAUCAGUCUGUGAGCACUUAGAAAAGGAUGCUGUGAUUACUAAAACCAAGCAUGAGUUUCUUAAAAACAAGUCAUACCAAACAAAUAUUUUUCUUUGUUUAUUGAGUUACAAGCUUGGUGGAUCAGGGGAUCCAUAUGCUGUGGAUAUAGUGUAACCUAAUUUAAGUAAGACUUUUAACAAAGUCCCCAUGAUAUUCUAACAAGGAAGCUGGUAGAAUGUGGGCUAGACAAGGCAACUGUUAGGUGGAUUUGUAGCUGGUUGACUGACCCGAACCCAAAGAAUACUCACUAAUGGUUCCUUGUCCUCCUGGAAAAACAUUACAAGUGGGGUGCUGCAAGGUUCAGCCUGGGCCCAUUGUUGUUCAUUUUCUUUAUAAAUGACUUGGACAAAGCUGUUGAUGGGAUGCUUAUCAAAUUUGCAGAUGACACCAAACUGGGGUAGCUAAUGCCGCAGAAGACUGGGCUCAAACUAACAAAAUAAAUCUCAAUAGGUUCUGCAUUUAGGCAGGAAGAACCAACUGUGCAAAUAUAAGAUGUGGGACACCAUCUGAUUCUAUGAAUCAUAGAAUUGUAGAGUUGGAAGGGAUCCCGAGGGUCAUCUAGUCCAAUCCCCUGCAAUGCAGGAAUCUCAAUUAAAUCAUCCCUUGCAGAUGGUCACCUAAUCUCUGUUUUAAAACCCCCAAGAAAGGACAGUCCACAACCUUCCAAGGGAGUCUUUUCCAUUGUCAAAUAGCUCUUACUAUCAGAAAGUUCUUCCUGGUGUUUAGUCAGAAUCUCCUUUCUUGUAACUUGAAGCCAUUGGUUUGAUGCUAACCCUCUGGAGCAGGAGAAAACAAGCUUGUUCCAUCUUCUAUGUGGCAGCCCUUUAGAUAUUGGAAGAUGGUGGUUGUAUCUCCUCUCAAUCUCCUCUUCUCCAGGCUAAACAUAACUCACUCCCUCAACCAUUCCUCAUAAGGUUUGGUUUCCAGACCCUUGAUCAUCUUGGUUGCCCUCCUCUGCACACACAUUCUGGCUUGUCAAUAUUCUUCUUGAAUUAUGGUACCCAGAACAGGACUCCAGGUGGGGAUUGACCAAGGCAGAAUAGAGUGGUAUGAUUACUUCUCUUGAUCUGGACACUAGACCUAGAAUCAUAGAAUUGUAGAGUUGGAAGGGACCAAGAGCAUUAUCUAGUCCUACCCCGUGCAAUGCAGGAAUCUUUUUGCUUCUGUGGAUAUAGUCUAGAAUAGCAUUAUGUUUUUUUUGUUGCUGCCAUCACACUGUUAUGUCUAUGAUUGUUUGGAUCAUUAAUGCAGAUUCCAAAGACAUGGCGCUGCAGAACUGUGGGCAACUCACUCCGAAGCAAUAUGGGAGCUGAAAGUGUCUGCUCAGGCUAAACUCCUAGCUGAACAAGCUUGCAGGGGCAAUAGAGGGAGCAGAGAGGGAAAAGACAAAUUUGGGGCAGGGCUGGCUGUUUGUCCUCUUUUCUGAGAAAGUGUCACGUUCAGAGUAGCAGUUUAAAACUAGAAGAACCAAAUGAGCAUUUUGAAACUCUAGCUGGCAGAAGAUGCUUUGUUAGGCAACUAUUCAGUGUUACAGUCUGAUCCUGUGCAUUCUAAAUGAGAAGCAAGUCUCGCUGAAUUUAAUGGAGCUUGCUCUGUGUAAAUAUGCAUAGGAUUGCAGACGAGGAAGAAUAAUGUGAUGAAGAGUCAAAGUUUAUAGUCAAGAUUUUAGAAUGGAUGGCAGCUCAAGCUGCAUUUGUAAUAGGAAUGGAGCAGAUUUCCCCCUCCCUUUUUAAUGCCUACCUUUCCUACAUUUUCUACAAACUGAAGGUAGUUGAUUUAGGUCUUGAUUCAUUUUUUAAGCAGUUGGCAGGGAAAAGUUUGUCAAGGAGCUCCUUGCUCAGAGGAAAAAAAGGUCUCCUGCAGCUUUAUUUGUGAGGCCGCAGCAUCACAUUAUCUUAAUCAGCACAUCCACAUUCCCCCAGUGGGCAACAGUAGGGGGCGGCAAGAAGCCAAACUGGGAGUGCCAUGGAACUAUAUGCAACACAAUAGUGAUCCUAUCAUUUUAAUCUUUAUCUAGCUCUGUGGGAAAAGAAGGGUUUAAUUCUGCUGAAUCCAUAGUCAGCCAGCAGAUGAGUCUCAGCACUGGUGAUGACAGCACUGGCAGCUGGUCCAACCUGAGUUUUGAAGAUGAGCAUCCUGAUGAGAAUAGCAGCUUUCUCCACCUCAGUGAUAGGUAACUAAAAUACCUUUUGUACAUGCUCACAGCCUUAAUGAUACGGUUUAUCCUUCAGCCCUGCAUUUCUUUUAAAGUUUCAGUUUUUACUUGAAUUCAGCUUUGGGAAAAUAUUAUUUUCAAUAGUCAAAAAGUUAAAACACAAGUAAUAAACAAAUGAAACUUUAAACACCGUUAUGUAAAAAGAAAUCUUAAAUCAAGCAAUUCUUGCCCUUGGGAGCUACCACGGUAAUCUUGGUGUUAUAAGGGGAAAUUAACCUUACAUUAAAAUUUCACACAUGGUUAAUUAAACCAUGGUAUACAAGUGUGACUUCUGAAAAUUCCUCAAAAUAUUAUUUGUAUGGGAUGUGACUUGGUCAGAGUUAAACAUUGUAAAUAAUGUAAUGUAUGGCUUAAUUAAUAUGUGCCUGUGCAGGAGCAAAACAUAAACUCACUGCAAGAAUCUCAAUGCAGAUCAAACGAGGCAAUGGAGACUUCUUGUUGACUGGAGUGGUAGAACUACUGUGAUAAGAAGAGAUCUACAUGACACCAUUGUUUUAAUUCCAUUUCUUCAUCUAUUUCCCCAUCAUUUCUCUAUGCUAUCAGUGGAAAACUCAGCCAGUUUUCUGCAGCCUGUAACUUUGGCAUUUUCCAUCCUGACAUUUAGUUGCCCAUCCGCAACAUCCGACUUCCCAAAUAUCAGAUGAAUCAUUCUGUAGGCAUUUUAAAGGGCACUAAUUUUACAAGCAACUUUUAAAAAGAGAACACAUCCUUAGUGGAAGGUCCAGCUGCAUUUCUCCUACUUAUAACUCCUGUUGGCUUGGCAUUUCUAGGCAGGGGUGCCCUUACAAUAUUUUCUGGGCCCAGCAUGUGGAUUGGGGCCCCUGUUUCCUUUGUAGUCAAUGACAAAGUUAGAUACAAUUUGCAUAUGCAGUUUGCAUCCUCUUUGUGGCUGGGGUGGAGGCCCCAAAAAUAUAUUGGGCAAAACACAAGUAAUACUACUACUACUACUACUACUAAUUUAUUUAUAUGCCACCCAUCUGUCUAGGUUGCCCCAGCUACUCUGGGUGGCUUCCAGCAAUUUAUUAAACCACAGUUUUAGAACUAAGGUGUCUGACAGACAGAAUGUAAACAGAUGAAGCUUUCCCCACAAUUGUAUUUCCAUAUAAUCAAAGUCUUAACCUGCAUUUCUGCCUGUCACACUGCUGUUAAAGACACAAGAGCUCUACUUCCCCCCACAGUGCAACUCUUAAACCAUCUGCUAUCAAGCAGUUACCUUACAGAAAGUCUUUCCUCGGUGGAUCUUAGGCUGUCAAUAUUGUGUUCUAGGGAUGGGGAACAGGUAGCCUUCCUGGUGCUGCUGGGGUUCUUCAGCCCAAACCAGCAGGGUCAGGGCUUCGUGGUGAUGGGAGUUGUAGCCCAGGAAGAUCUGCAGGGCCACAACUCCCCAGCCAUAUUCGGUGGAAGAACGCUUGUGGUAGGUACUUCAGAGGGGAUGAAGAUUUUGCGCAGCCCAGGUUCAGAUGCCCCUGCUGGAUAAAUUCAGUUGCAAACUGCUAAAGCAAGCAGUGUAUUCUAAGGCGGUGGUUCUCAACUGGUGGUCUGUGUAACCCACCUGGGCGGGGGGAGCUCUGUGGCACCAUUCACAUAACAGAAACUACCAUAGCGAGAACAACAUUUUCAAAAGCAGGCGUUCCAUGUCUUAGCUGUUGAAAAAUGGGGUAUUGCAGUACUUAGGUACUUGGGAACCACUGUUCUAGGGGCAUCUUUUGUAUUUCAUAACAUUUAUUUAUUUAAGGUAUUUAUUAUGUCACUUUUCAGGCAGACGACACCGAGCAGUUUACAAAAGAUGGUUACAAGCAGUGUGGGUUUUUUAAACGUUGCAAUACAUUUCAAAUGCAGGUGUAUGUUAAAGCAAAAGCUGGAACUGCUUCUUCUCUGCUCCCCUCAGGGCAAUAUGGUUUUCCAGAAGUGUGUGCAGUAGCAACUGGCAGCAGAAGGGGCCCUGCUGUGAACUAGAUAGUGGCAACUCAGCAAAGUUUUUUUCUCUUUCUCAGGGAGUGAGAUGGUCCUUCAGGGGAUGGCAGUUGAGGGAGGGAGCGAGGAGGCUAAAAUACUGCAUUUUUGCAUUGCCGUAACAUGCCCUGAGACCUUCUGGUGAAGGAUGGGUAAGAACUUUUCCAAAUCAGAAUAACAACUCUCAAUAUUAUCAUCAGCACAUAACAAACAAUAACACCACCUCUCUUGAGCAAAAAAGGAUUUAAGCCUUUGAUAUCAAUAUACCAAUUGGUUUAUACCAGCAGUGACAACACAACCCAGGAAUCCCCCUAUUUUUCUCCAUGGCGAGGUUGCGGGGGGGGGGGGGAGCAAUCACUUCUCCCCCAUUUUGCUGCUGCAGUCAUUUCCCUAACAAGCCAAGAGGCUGGAUGACAACACUGGACUGCACCACAGAGUUUUCACAUACAGUGGUGCCUCGCAAGACAAAAUUAAUCUGUUCCGCGAGUGUCUUCGUCUAGCGGUUUUUCCGUCUUGCGAAGCAACCGGAUUAGCGGAUUAGCGCUAUUAGCGGUUUAGCGGCUAUUAAAGGCUUAUCGGCUUAGCGGAUUAGCUGCUAAAAGGCUAUUAGCGGCUUAGCGGCUUAGAAAAAGGGGGGGGGAGCGAAAAAAAAUCUCAAGACUCGCAAGACAUUUUCGUCUUGCGAAGCAAGCCCAUAGGGAAAUUCGUCCUGCGAAGCAACUCAAAAACGGAAAACACUUUCGUCUAGCGGGUUUUCCGUCUUGCGAGGCAUUUGUCUUGCGGGGCACCACUGUACAACUUUCUCUCAGCCCCACCCUUCCCCACUUUAGUAUAGCUGCUCUGGUUGCUCACUCACAAUGCCCCCCUCUUUAUGCAAUAUGGUUAUAGUAAUGACGGACUUUAUUUGCAUUUGUAGGUUAAUUUAUUUUCCUCCCAUGAAAAUAUACCUGAGUUAGACCAUGAACUCCUCCUGCUGUCUAUGCUGCUACUCUUUGCCUUUGGGUUGGUGCACAACUACCCAGUCACAGCUACGCUAAAGUCCUGGAUUUCUCAAUUAUUUUCCCAGAACACUAUUGCAAGAUGAAAGAGCAGCUUCAAAAUGAAUCAGACAGUCCUUUCUUCAUUGUCUGGAGAAGGAACUUCCUGGGUUAUUUUGAAGCUAUUUGCUGUCCUUUCCUGGUGCAUGUGUGACUAAAUCAGGGACAGCUCUGAUUUCACAUUUUGGCUAAAAACACUUGAAAAGUGGGAAAAGGCUCAUUUCUCACAAAGCAAGUAACUAAAAGAGUGCCUGCACGUUAACAACUCAUAAUAAGCUAUCUUUGGAGUAUACAAACAUAAAAUUAAACCAUUUCUUAAAUAUACACUCGAAAGAACAAACAAACCUGACCAGUGAAGGAUAAAGAGUUCUUGUGGGUUUGUUAUCUGUGAAUGACAGUUUUCAUAACCAAGUGUGACCAUUCACAUAUGAGCUGGUGCUAAGGAUGACUUAGAUCAUUGUUUCUCAAGCUUUUUAAACGGUUAGGUAACAUAAACCUCCCACACACCUCUUCAAACCUGGCUCUUGUAAUUAUUUUAUUUGAAUUUUUAAUUGGAUUGAAAGUUUGUGACUCCCCCCCCCCUACACUAUCCACAUUUUUUUUAAAAAACACACUCCCAUCCUGCCUGAGAUCUUCAUCUGCCCCCUGGUUGAGAAACACUGAUUUAGAUUCUAUAAAGAAACAUUGUCAACAGUAGAUACCUGGCAUACAACUUGACGUUGAUAUAGUGCUCAUGAAGUUUUUCCAUGCAAGCUCAAGCAGUAUGGACUGGUGGAGGCUCCGGUAGACAAUGGGAUGAUGAAAUGUGUCUCUAGUCCAAAGACAAAUGAUACAGCAUCUGAUAUAGCAGAUCUGAGUCUAAUCAGUUCCUAGAUAGGAGACUGCCUGGGAGCCUGGAGUUCUUUAAUUCUAGUUACUACUAAAUGGCACCAGCUUUACUGCGGAGUCUAAUAUAAUUUCUGAGCACUUACACUUGUGCCACAAGAUACAUUUCUGGCCGUCUUCUCACUGUCUGUAGGUUGUUUGGACUGUUUGGAUUGAUUGGUUUGUGGACUGAUGGCCUCUGAAAGUUGGACGUCUCUUGUUGAGGAGAUGAACUAGAUUCAUAAGUGGGCCCAGGAAGGCAUUCAGCCUGUGAUACUGUGCUCCUCUGCCUUCCUUCCCGUGCUUAGAUUAAUGGCUUUUUGAUUUGAUCCAACCAUAGUUUGACAUUAUGUCUGACCUAACAAAUUAUUGUUUCUGUGAGUCCUCCAAACAAGGAUUUCAAAUCACAGUUGGAUCUUGUUUUGCAAUCUCUGAUUGGACAACUCACUCAGACCAGUUUGCUGCUUUAAAGGCAAUGGCAAACUGGUUUGAUCAAACAAGUAAGUUAACCAUUUAAACUGUAAGGGGAGGAAGAAGGAAGGGGAAACUCAUGAGCACUUGACUUCUGAUUACAGUUACAAGGUUCCUGCCUAUGUACAGCAUAAAGUGGAGAGUGAAUCUUCAUCUGCUAUUUAGAUUUGUAAUUAUCCAUAAGGAUUUACUAAUUGUUUGACCGACAAUGCCUUCCAUCUGAGAAUCGGCUUUUAAUUUAGUUAGCAAAUUAUUUUUUCCCAAGAUUCUUUAGAAAUGGUUGGUGUUUUAUAUGCAGGAAAUUGACAUUGUGUCACCGACUUUAAUGCCGUUGGCUGGAACACUGUGGCCUUGGGCAUGCCCAGCAAAGUUCUGGGCUGGUUGCCCUUGAACAAGACAUACAACCUUCAUUCCACCUGCAAGAAACACAAGUCAAAAGCCGCCUCAGACAAUUUUAUUUAUUUAUUUAUUGAAUUUAUAUACCGCCCUGUACCCAGAGGUCUCAGGGCAGUUCACAGAACAAAAUCAAAAUAUGAAACCACAAUAUAUAUAAUACAAAACUUAAACCACUUGUGUGGGUCUUUAAUUGAGUCAUUUCAGGGAAAAAGGUGGGGGAUUGAUUGAUUGAGUAAAACUCCCAGCUUUGUGCACUCCCACUUGGUGCAGACUUAACUCCACUGGUUGCAAAUGUAAGCUAGACUGACAACCACUUUCCUAUUUUUAGAAGUACAUCACUCUAGUUUAUAAUAUUUUGCUAAAUUGACACCAUUUUGUUCUGCCAAAGGAAGUGGUCCCAGCUGGGGGAUGAGGUUCUUGCCAAAUGGGACUUGUGACGGGCACAGUGUCCUGGGACACCAGGUCAUACACUAGCAUUUGUUCCAAAUUGAAGAAGCAGAGUUGGGUCAAGCAUAGGUCAAGUUCCAGAAAAGCAAAGUCCACAUAAACAAAGCCAGGCAAAGUAGAGAUUAAAGUCCUAAAGGCAAAGAAGCAAAGUGGGAUGGACCUUGGAUAGCACCAAGUAGAGCCUAGGCUAGAAGCAGACAGGUUAGGCUUGACUGUUGCUCCCGCAACCAGCAAAUUCAGACUGGGCCUUAAAGGUCUGCAGCAUCCUUAGAACAGCUAGCCCCUCCACUGAUGAGGGGAGUCUAGCCCAUUUAAAGAACGAGGGCCUCUGGUGGCACUGGAGAAGUUGGUUGCGUAUGGCCUCUGAGCUGGAGUCCUUAGAAUCAGAAGAUGGUAAUGCAGCUUCUUCAGACCAGAGAAGUUCUGGCAUUUAAGGCUCCCUGCGUUAUAGAACUUCAGCAUGCAGAUAUCAAAGACUGGUUCUUAGUCCAAGAAGUUCUCAAUCCAUGACCUCUUCCCCUGAGGCUGAGGAGUCCCAUGUCAUGACAUAUUUUAUAUAUAUUAAAAGUGUUUUGACAGGCAACAGAACAACAGCAGGGCUUCUUAAAUUUCUAACUUAGAUCUCCAAUGCAAACUUUUCUUUCUCACUUGACUCCUCAUCUGCAUGAUAAAUACUGGCUUACUUAUGAAUUUAUUCAGUGUGUGGUCAAGAUCUCUAGCAAAGGAACUUUGGCCUUAGAGGUACUUUAAAAUUCCUCUUUCUUUCCUUUUUAGCAGUGUAAACGUCGCUUGUAAUUCUGAUGGUCUGAGCAAGGCAAGAGCAGUGGGGCUGAGCGAAUGGCAGAGGCACCCCUGCAUUUGGGAUUCUGCUGCUCCUGCUGAUCAGGAUAGAUGAUAGGAGGGCAGUAGGAAGGCUGCUUUCCUCUGCACCACUUCCUGCCGAGAACAGCAGAGAAGCCUGGAUCAGCCCCAUUAACAGUAGCUGGACUUGGUUUAGGACCCAGUGGAUUUGAUGGCAUUACACUUUACAGCAGGAAUAUUGCUGGUGAUAGUGGGGGGGCGCUUCAUGGCAGCAGAGCCCUUGUCCCCCAGUGGUGGAGCUUAGCGGAGCCAGAAGAGACACCUGACUCAUCCUAGCCACCUCCAGCACAACCGGUUUUCAGCACAAAUAUUGUUUUCAGUCCUGGAUGUCUCAAGUUUAUGGGCUGUCCUGUUAGAAGAGGGCCAAGGAACGUCUACCAGAUACCUUGGAAGCACUACUGUCAUUUGGUUAGAUGCACUAAUGGUCUGCGUGACUUGGUAUAAGGCGGCUUCAGAUACCUUCACAAAACCUUUUUCUCUCUCAACACACUGAUUUUUGAAACAGCGUUGUAAAGAAACUAUAGAGUGUGGCAUUCAACCAUAUUUACUCGGAGAAGACCACUGAAAUCAAUGCACAUAGGUAUGUUCAUUCAUUUCAGUGAGUUUACUCUGGUUAAAACUUAAUUGAAUGCAAGCCUUGGAAUUUGCUGUUUGCGAAAGAAACUAGUACUGGUUCAGCACUUUGACAUUCAUGUAAACGAUUAGGAAAUCCAAAUUAUUCCUUUGUCAGUUGCUGCAUUGCUGAAGCUGUGUUGCACCUGUUCUGACCUGGACCAGCUCAGCACAUGAAGAUUGCAGAAAUCGUUUGGCAGUGGGAGAAAAGUGCCACGUGAAUUCACAUUUAUUUUUCUGAGCAGUGUUAAUAGGUGCCCUUUCAUUUUGUUUCUUUGUACCUCUUUCCCCCCAAAGUGUUUUUGUAUACUUAUUAAGAAAAUGGUGCCACAGCUCAGGAAUCUGGACAGAGCGCAUCAAGGAAAAUGAAGAUUCUGGGUUCUGGUUUGGGCUAACUCUUUUCUAGUUCAGCUCUGUUCUCUUCUUCCCCUGGCAGUAAUGGUAACAGCAGUAGCUGGAGCAGUCUUGGUUUAGAAGGAGAUAUGUAUGAGGAGAAUUUAUCCUUUCCAACAUCAGACAGGUUGGUCAAACCAAGACAUUGAAACAGGCUAGUCCCUCAUAUAUUAAUGCAUGAAGUCAUAAUUUUUCAAGACUGAAUAAACUGGCAUAUAUGAAAUGUGAUUCAUUACCCACACGCUUUUCACCUGAUCAUGAUUUUCCUUAACAAAUUCAUACUGAAUGGGUCCAUUUUACUGUGCUACAGUGUGACUGUCCCGACAAACAUGUAAAAUGCAACACUUUUGUGCAUGUUCUGCUUGCUAUUCUAGAUGCUUCCAAUUAUCUCUUCAUAAAAAAGAGCUUGCUUCCUACAAUAUUUCUGUUUCCCCUUUUGUUUAAUCAUUUAUUUUCUCCUAGUAAUUAGAACCAUUGCAUAUAAUUCAGUGCAUUAUAAUAAUAACAUAUCUCCUUCUUAAAACUCCAUAUUUGAAAGGGAAAGGUAGAAUUUCUUUUAAAGUUUUAUCUGGGAAAUUUACAAGCCACGUGACAGAAAAUGGCGUGAGAAGCAAAGCUUCCAUUUUCACAAUCAUUCCUUGAUACUUUGGUUAAUUCAUACUAUGUUUUCCUUGAAUGUCCUAUUGAAGUUUCAGACCUUAGUAUUAUCCUGCUUUGCAUUAAUUCUACCUUCCUCCCCUACAGUGAUGGAACAGAAGACAAAGAGGAAGAGCUUAAAGAUACAAUUGAAGGUAACCUUAACAGGAUGUAUCUAUUAUUCUGUAGUUGAUGUAAGAAUGCUCUAUUUAUGGAUCAGUUUGUAUGAGACUUGUGUCAGAAGAGCAGCCCUCAGCUGUUUCAAAGAAUGACCUCUAUAUUUCGUAAUAGCUUCUGGGCGGCUUCUGCUGAAGCUAUUCCAAUUCAUUUUUUUUCUAAGCAAAGUGUGUAUGUGGGAAUGACCCAGCUCCAUCUUAGGGACUUUGGAAAUAGUUUCCCCCCCUAAAGUCCUAGAAUGCUGAAAUUUUUAUUGGCCAGCCAGAUGAAUCAGUGAAGUUCUCUCUUCUCAGGUUAGAUACUUACAGUUGAGUGUAUAUGUCAAAAUUAGGAUUUAUUUAAUUUGCUUAACCACAGCAUGCACCACAUUGGACAGUGGACUUUCAUACAUUAAACUGCAUUUGCCAUUUUGUUGCCCAUUCAGGCAGUUUAGAGAUAUCUUUUUAGAACUCUUUGCAGUCGGAUUUGGUUUUCGCUAUCCUGAAUAAUUUUAUAUCUGCAAUCUUGACCACCUCCCUGUUCAGCCCUGGCCCUCGGAUCAUGUGUGAACAAGGCUUUACUGUAUUGCUUUACUGUAUUGCUGUUAUCUGAAGAGUGGGCCACCAUAAUUCAUUGAGUAAAAUAUGCUCACAGAGUACUAGGCUUUUCAUCUUUAUUCUCUCUCUUGCUUGCAAUAGGGUUGGGAAACAUAGGAAAGGCAUUGGUAAUCAUAAAUGUUGACAUAGGGCCAUGCCUGGUGGACUCCCAGCUGAGAAUGGCCCUGCAGUGGCUGACAGCUUCCGAAGCAGGGGUGGCCAAGCUGCAUUUCCAUGACGGUGUUCCAAAGGAGUUUGUUCUUGUGAGUAAUGAAAGGGCUGUCAUUGUACAAAUUGCAGUUGCCGUCCUUCAGCUGUGUUUAUCACGUUUUGUAGAAGAAGAAGAAGAGUUUGGAUUUGAUAUCCCGCCUUUCACUCCCUUUAAGGAGUCUCAAAGCGGCUAACAUUCUCCUUUCCCUUCCUCCCUCACAACAAACACUCUGUGAGGUGAGUGGGGCUGAGAGACUUCAGAGAAGUGUGACUGGCCCAAGGUCACCCAGCAGCUGCAGGUGGAGGAGCGGGGAAGCGAACCCGGCUCACCAGAUUACGAGACUACCGCUCUUAACCACUACACCACACUGGCUUAUUGUACUGCAAUAAGCGAGAGUUGAUACCUUCACAGGUCUAAUCAUGGGUAGAAUAAUUAAUAAAAGGUAAAGGGACCCCGAACGUUAGGUCCAGUUGCGGACCACUCUGGGGUUGCGGCGCUCAUCUCGCUUUACUGGCCGAGGAAGCCGGCGUACAGCUUCCGGGUCAUGUGGCCAGCAUGACUAAGCCACUUCUGGCGAGCCAGAGUAGUGCAUGGAAACGCCAUUUAACCUUCCCGCCGGAGCGGUACCUAUUUAUCUAUUUGCAUUUUGACGUGCUUUCAAACUGCUAGGUUGGCAGGGAGCUCACCCCAUCGCGGGGAUUCGAACCACCGACCUUCUGAUCGGCAAGCCCUAGGCUCUGUGGUUUAACCCACAGCGCCACCCGGGUCCCCAUAGAAUAAUUAGGUAACCCCCAUUAACACUGCAUCUAGAACUGUUUCCACAGCAACCUGGGUAGAACUAGAGCAGGCAUAGGCAAACUCUGACCUCCAGAUGUUUUGGACUACACCUUCCAUGAUGCCCACAGGACCAGUGGGCAGGGAUGGUGGGAAUUGUAGUCCCAAAACAUUUGGAGGGCCGAGUUUGCCUGUGUCUGAACUAGAGCCUGAGCAGUGGCUAACUCAACUAACAAGUUAGUAGAUUUGAUAACACUGUUCCAGUCCAACUUGGAUAGUCAUUUCUGGAGGGUGGUGCCGGGGGAGUGCUCUUUGGCCCCAUGGAGCCUUCAAUGUGCGGUUCCUCAAGGUUGGAUUUUAUCCCCCUGUGCUGUUUAACAUCUACAUGAAAUGACUUGAGUGGGGCCAUCCAGAGGUUUGGAGUAAGUUGUCAGCAACAUGCUGAUGACAAACAGCUCUGCUUCUCCUUUACAUCUGCAGGUGAGGCAGUGGAAGUGCUGAAACAAUUACAUAUCUUUAGGCAUCAGGCAAAAACAUUCAUCUUCUCCCAGGCCUUUGGCUAAUUAAAUAAUCUAUGGUUUUGUAAACUGUGGCAGGGGUUAUUGUUUUUGAUGGUUACUAUGUUUUUAUGUUGUGAUGGUAUUUAAUAAAUUUGUUUAAAUUUACUAAAUAAAAUGACAGAACUUUGUGGCUGGGCUUGUAGUUGGAAAUUUAAUUUUCUGCUUUGUGGAACUUCAUGCUUCUCAAAAAUUUAACUUGGAGUCAGUGGUUUCAUUUGAUAAUAGAGUAAAUAAUACCAGUGAAACCACACUUUUUGGACAUGCAUAUUUUAGUGUUAAUUUGUGCCACUGUGAAAUGCUUAUUUAUUGGGGAUGAUGAUAGAUGUAUGAAUAUUUGUUCAGCGUUGGUUUUGGGGGGGCUGUUAUCUGCUACCUACAUUACCAUGUAGUACAGAUUUUUUGGGAGUGUCACCCUUAAGAAUGGCAUCUUUAAGAAAAUCAGAGGAAAUUCUGGACUUUGAGAGUGCCUUGUUUUUACAGCUGUAAAAUAUCAAAACGUUUCUGGCUUGUAAUUUUAAUACUGUGGUUGUUAGUCUGGAUAUAUAUUUUUUAAGGAAAGAAGCUUAAAAUUACUCGACUUGCAAAUUAUAAGUUAAAGAAAACAAAUGGCUAAUGCAUUGGUUAGAAAUACUUCCUUUGUUGCUGGGAUUGAAGCAGAGAGCGAAGUGGAAGCAAGUUGUCCUUUAUGUCAGGGAAGCAAGACAAUUUUUGUCUUGAAAGCCACAUUCUUUCUUCUGCAGGGGUUGUGUACUAGCUGUGGGAAAAGCCACCCUGCACUCUCUUCCAAACAUGCUCACAUUAAUAUAUACAAAUGGCACGCUCCUCUCCAUGACACACAUAUGGUCCAGGCCACCCGUCCACAUGCUCUCAGCCUCCCCCAUCCCCUCAUUCAGCAGUUAGCCUUUCAGGGGAAAGCAUUUAACAUUUUUUCAAGCCCAGCUGCCCAAGCGGGGGUGUUGGUGUUGGGUGAGAUCUUCAUGGAAAUUGCAGGUGAGGAGAGGAGGGGUGCUUUCAAGCCUAAUUGCAGUGUCGGGGCAAUUUUUGGGGGUCCCAGUUUGAGUGGAGGGGCAGGUCAAGGAAGGAACCCGGGACCAGAGAAGGAAGCCCAACAGGGUGUGUUUUAAGCCAAAGGGAAUCGCAGUGAAGGAAGGUGACCAUAGUACAGUCAUACCGCAGCUUACAGCCGCUUCAGGUUGCGUUUUUUUGGGUUAUGGACCGCCGAAACCCGGAAGUACCAGAACGGGUUUCGGCAGUCGUGCAUGCACAGAAGCACUAAAUUACGCUUUGCGCAUGCACAGAAGCGCCGAAUCAAAACCCGGAAGUACCAGAACGGGUUUCGGCAGUCGUGCAUGCACAGAAGCACUAAAUUACGCUUUGCGCAUGCACAGAGGCGCCGAAUCGCAACCCACGCAUGCACAGAUGCGCAGACGUGGGUUGCGAACGCUGCGGGUUGCGAACAUGCAUUCCGCACGGAUCACGUUCGCAACCCGAGCGUCCACUGUAUUGUAAUUUAUCUUUUCAGCUUUACUUUUUAAUGUAACCUGUUUUUGCUUUCUCUUCCCAGCUUUCAAAGAAACUGCAAGAGAGAGGCUGGAAAGUGGGAGACCUCUUUCAAGCAGUGCUGAAGUACUGUGAAGUAAUGGAGAAAGUUGCUGAUGGGGAGAGAGCUCUAGGCAGCAAAACCUUUUUUGGGUGGCUUCAGGAACAUGUCUGAAUGCCAUAUGAGAAGAUGCGCUGAUUUCUUCAUGCCUCCUUUGGGAAGAAGGAAAUGUGUAUCAUAUACUUUAAUUAGCAAAUGUACUAUUUGUAUUGUGAUAAGCUUUGGGUUGAAAGUAAGCAUAGCUGUCCUGUCAGGUGCUUUGAGAUGCUCUGUAUGCUUUUUAGCCCAUCUUUUUAUCUUCAUCAUAAGCCCCUCCAUUCAGCUGGUGUGUGUGCACUUCUGGCUAGGCUGUGUUUUGCCUGCAGCAGCAGUGAGAAGGAUGAGCUUUUGUGUGUUGUGUGUAAUAAGGGUUUCAGCUGAACCAGGGCAAAAAAAAAAAAGUUAUACCUCGCUCCUCCUACUUAUUUGCCACUUUCUUUGUGUCUUUUUCCUCUUAACAAGCUCCAAGAGGUAUUCAGAGUCCACUUGCAGUUUGCUUUUGCCACUUUCCCCAGAGCAAAGCAAGACUGCGUUGAUCUCUGCUGCCUCUAAGGCCUAGCUGAACAUGCAAGCAGAAUAGGAGGUCUGCUCACUCUGACCUGUGAAGACUCUGGUGGAAGGUUGCAUUCCUUGUAAACUGACUUCUCUUAGCAGCUAGAGAGAGCUGAGAGCAUGCUUUCAGAUGUGUGCUCUCAUUAUAUUUUGAUAUCUUUUUUGAUAUCUAUGAAAAGUUCUAUUUAAAUAAAGCGAACCCCCCCCCCCCCAGUUUGUAUGUGAAACAAAUAUGUGCAAAGAAAAAUAAGUGGGUUAUUCUUAAAUGCCUCCCAAUAAAGUAUGACAGUAGCAUCAAAUGCACAAAAAUUAAUAGCCUACCAACAGCUGGAUUUUUGUAGUUUAUGAGGUGGUGUCAGGAAGCAUCUUUGACUUUUGAUCUCUGAAGUACUGUCCCAGGACCAAUGUUGCGUCUUUAUAAAGCAAGUUACAUUUGGGACGGUUUGUGACGACAGUUGCUUGUGUUAAAGUAGAUUGAACACUGCCUGCAAGAAAAAUUGGCAUUAGCGUUGCACAGCCAUUUUAAUAUACUCACUUUGGAGAUGGAAUGACAAGGUCUGUCCGCAUGCAGAACAUUUCUUUGCUGUAGCAGGAUCGGGGCCAUACUUCCAGCUCUGCCCCAAAUGCAUCGCCUCCUUCCUUUGACAGUCGUCUGUUGAGUCUGCUAAGGAAUGCUAACGUCCAAGAAGCCUUUGCAGACAACCAGGUUCAGCAUGGGAAUGUUGAAGGAAGGGCAUUGGGAGGGGGGCUAAAACGUUGCCACACCCCUGCUUCAACUUGGGAAUAUCCUACAGGCAAGCAAUGUGUGCAUAAGACAGUAGGUUAGAAAUAAUGGGUUUCUUCGCCAUUGCAGUCUGGGACAGGUUGACGUAGUUUGACACUGAGAUGGGUGGAGCUUUGCCCUCAAUCCAUAUCAGUGCUUAAUCUUAGGACAGCCACUGCCUUGUGUCUUCUCCUUGGCUGGAGGGCAGCAGUACGGCUUUGGUGUUGCACUCCAGCAAAAACAGAGCAGAUCUUUGAUAAUCAAAUCCCAAAGGAGGGCCGAUGGAAGCAAAAGUCUGCUGCUGCUCCUCCCCUAUGACUUCAGCUUCAUUCAGGUUAUGACACCUCAAGUAAAAAUGCAUUUCCCUUGUUUCAUUGAGCAUUGCUUCUCUCAAUAUUAUUUUAGCAUGCUUCUGGUCACUUUUUUCACUUUAGUUUUGAGACGUCUUUGUACAUUCCUGUUAAAGCUGAAGUUGUAUUUUAGGCUGUUAUUGUCUGUUGUAACGUUGAGUAUUUUUUCAUGCCAAGAGUUUACGGAUAGUUGGGAAUGCAGCUGGUUGGAUCAGUUAUGCAGAGUUAGGGCAACUCGCAGCCUGGUUUGAUCUUGAGGCAGUUUACUCCAAAGGAAAUUCUACCGAAGUCCAAGUAAAUGUGUUUAGGAUUGUGGUAUCAGUUGGCCAUUGAUAAAGGCACUCAAUGAAUUUUGACUUUUUGCACUUUUUGCAUCUUGAGGCCUCAAUUUGAAGAGCAGCCUCCCUCUGUUGACCCCCUUUUAAACCCCUAACAGCUUUGUACUGUGAAAUCUGUGGCUGCUUGAGGGGUGGGAAAGAGCUCCCAGCCCAGUGAUCACAGUGAAGGUGGCUGAGGCAUCAAUUCCCGAAUCCCCUUCUCCACAGUUCUGUUGCACUUGAGCCUAAUGGUUUCUUUGCUGCACACCUUGGUGUGGGCACAGAUCUUGUGCCUGUAAAAGGCAAGUUGACAUUCUUCAGUUUCCCAUGGCACACACCUGCAGGGCCGGAAACCUCGCCUGCUCAGUUUUUCUCCUGGACUACAGCUUGAAGGAACAGAAGCUGUAGUGAGGAGUGGAUGACAACUAGAAGCAGUGCUGUGGAACAGCUGGGAAAGGGACAUUAAGAAGCCCUUGCUGCCUUCCUCCUGGGACUCUGAAACCCACUUAAGUAGCUCACGUACAUCCAAAUGAGAGAGAUUGGGAUUAAGGAGCCUCGGAAGCACCACCUGUAUGAAAGAUAGCUUGGGAAAGGAACUCUUCAUCCUCUCCAAGAUUCUUCAUAGUCUGGUGUUUCCGAGAAGAGCUACAGGACUUGAGGUCUACAUCACCCCAAAACCCAGCUGAAGUGAAGGUUAAAGCCCUGGUUUUCACCUAGUCUGAACAGCAAGCAAGAGGUGCUUUGCAGCAGCUGCAUUUUGCUUAGUACUUAGGGUUGCUUUCUUACGUUUUUCCUACAUGGAGAACACAGAAAUGUGGUUUCCUUGUCUUCCCAGGACGUGUCAAAUACUUGUGUGAAUGAUGGCCGCGUGUGUAAACUGCAUAUACUUUUCACACUUCUUCCUGCGCAGAAGUGCUUUCGGUCCAGGAAACGCGUAACAUGCAGCUAAAAAGCAAUUUGAAUAAUUAACAGUUGUUUAUAUCUCUGUGUAGCGAAUGAAGCAAACAAGAUCCUUCCCUGUGUAAUGACGACUUUUUGUUUUUUUGUUUUUUGAAAUGUGGUAAUACACUUAGUUGUGAGAUGUGAAUUUCAAGUUGCACUAACCUCGUCUUUGUUGAAGCAGUCUCUUAAAAUAAAUUAUAUAUAAACAUAUUA